AUGCAUGCCUUCUACGUGGUGAUUUCGGCGUGGCUGUGCACUGCUCUUCCAGUCGCCAGCCUCUACAUGUGGGGCUCAUGGGGCGAUCGGGCUCUCGCCUGCUCCGUGACGUGUGGCCUGGGGACUCGAUGCCGAAAACGCAUGUGCCUCAGCCUCGACGGCCACCCUCAGACGGACACAACUCUGUGCAGCCUUGGCGACGAUCCCGCCCAGCCGCAGGAUCUCGAUUGCCGGGCCUGCAUCCUCAACAGCCACUGUCCCACCCAGCCGGGCUGGGGCGUCUGGGCCGCCUGGUCGGAGUGUCGCGCCCUCGGCCAGGCCAUGUUCGGCCACGGGGCCGACGCGGGCUCCUUGAACCUUACGAAUGUGGCGCCGAGAGGCGAGGCGAGCCGCCCUGUCCUGUCGUCAGCUCCGCCGUCCGGCUGUCUGAAAGGGGUACGGACUCGAGUCCGGCCCUGCAACAGUCCGCCGCCCGACCUCAACCCGAACGCGCCCAGAUGUCCCGGUAGCGGAGAGCAGGCGCUCGGCUGCAACGUCAAAUGUUCCGACGAGCCGACUGUCUCCGAGUACGACAUUGCCAACCGGAUCCGACUGCAGAUGGAGUCGGACCAUCUGACCCGGCGGCUUCGUCUGCGAGGUGCGUCAGACGAGGCCGAGACCGGCGAGGCUGAGCCGACCGUCUUCUAUCGGAUGCUUGGCGACACUGUCCGACUGGAUUGCGCCACUCCAGCCGUCCGGUUGGCCGAUGAGUUGCUGGGCUACAGUCUGUUCGGCAUCGAGACCACCGGUCUGGGACGGCGUCGUCUCAGUCUGCGUUGGUACCACAACGGUCGGUUGCUACAGCAACCAGACGGUCCAAAAAAGGACCAACCGGCGACCAGACAACAAGUUGCGACGGGAUUCACGCGACACGAAAAGACGCUCUGGGACGUGGAGACGAGCUGGAGGCGGCGGAUGCCGCCGAGUUCGGGUCAGAGGAGCUCGGCCUCGUUGGUCAUCGAACGUCUCGGCUACGCCGAUCAGGGCGUCUACGUCUGCGAACUGUCAAUUGGUACCAGCGCCAUGGCGGCCACAUUUUUCAGCGUGCACACGAGGCCAAUUGAACAUCGAGUCGAGGCGUUGCAAAGUUUCCAUUUACACUCCAAUCUCGGCGUGUUGGCGCCCCUGUUGGGCGGAGUUCAGCGCCUGCCGGUCAUUUGGUAUGACGCAGCUCAGCUCGUCUGGUACCACAACGGACGGGAGGUGAAGCGAGGCCUGGCCAGACUGGCUUCGCUACGAGUGAUGCGAGUUGACCGGAUCAACGAGACGCAUCAAGGCGAGUGGCUGUGUUACCUCGAGGUGCCGGUGCCCGAUCGUCCUGCCGUGUUGGCAGACGCCGGUGGUCGUCAAGUCCAGGCGCGCUUCCUCACGGCUCAGCUGUUGCUGCGUGUCUUGCCGCCGAGGCGGCCGAACUUCUGGAACGCCUGGCAACCAUCGUCGAAUGGACUGCGUAGUCUCGCCGUCUGGCUGUUGGUGGGCAACUUCGUUGUGUCAGUGGGUCUUCUGUUGACCGGAUGGGCGCUAAUUCGUUGGCGACGUCACGCCGCCCGACAGACAGACGUCCGUCUGAGAGGCUGGACAGCCGAGGUGGUGGAGGAUGAGUUGCGUCAUCUGAUCGCGGCCAGAGAGCAGGCUGACUACCUGCGAGCCUGGCUGAUGCCGAUGCUACGGGCCACAGUGGACCAGCUGGGACAACUUCGUCGAAGGCUCAACUUGCCUGCUUCAGACUCUCAGCAGGUCGAAGAUGCCGCCGACUAUGCAACGGAGACGGAAGAGUCACAGAAGAAGAUGUUUCUCGAAGCAUCCGAGGCAGAUGUCACUGCUUCCCCUACCGUCAUGUAA